AAUUCAGUUUGAUCUGUCUAUUCCAAGCAUAAUGAAGUUUACCAUCGUUUUCCUGCUGCUGGCCUGCGUUUUCGCCAUGGCUUUGGCCACUCCCGGCAAGCCACGCCCCUACAGCCCACGCCCAACUUCCCAUCCACGCCCAAUUCGAGUGAGGCGAGAGGCUUUGGCCACCGAAGAUCACCUGGGAUUGGCUCAAGCUGCGUACAGGCCACCUCCCAUUCUUCCCCAGUAAAGACGAGCAAUCCAUGGAAAAAUAUAACCCGAACAUCCGAACAAAAAUGUUUUUGCAACCUGUCUUAAAUAUUGUAUCACUUUGUAAACCUUAAUAAUAAAUACAACACAGCUCAAAAACA